AUGUUGUCUAGAGUUUUAAAAACCAGAGGCUCACUUCAAGUAGCCAAGAAAUCAUUAAAUUUACAAGCCAUUAGAUCAAAAACUGGUAUUUCUUUAUCAUCAACACUUUCAUCAUACCCAAAGGACCAUACCGAAAAGGGAACUGAACCAUAUUUGACUCCAAGUUUCCUCAACAAUGAGUUUAUCAAAUCUGAAUCUACUGAAUGGUUUGACAUUCAUGAUCCAGCCACCAAUAAUGUCGUUUCUAAAGUACCCCAAUCUACUGAAAGUGAAUUAGACGAAGCUAUUGCCAGCGCUCACAAAGCUUUCCCUGGAUGGAGAGAUACCAGUAUUAUUAAAAGACAAAGUAUUGCUUUCAAAUUUGCUGCUUUGUUGAGAGAAAACAUGGACCGUUUGGCCGGUAUGAUUGUUUUGGAACAAGGUAAAACAUUUGCUGAUGCACAAGGUGAUGUUCUUAGAGGAUUACAAGUUGCUGAACAGGCUUGUAACAUCACUAAUGACUUGAAGGGUGAGACCUUGGAAGUCAGUACUGAUAUGGAAACCAAGAUGAUUAGAGAACCAUUGGGUGUUAUUGGUUCUAUUUGUCCAUUCAACUUCCCAGCCAUGGUUCCAUUGUGGUCAUUGCCAUUGGUCUUGGUUACUGGUAACACAGCUGUUAUCAAGCCCUCAGAAAGAGUUCCAGGUGCUGCCAUGGUUAUCUGCGAAUUGGCUGCCAAAGCAGGUGUCCCACCAGGAGUUAUUAACAUUGUCCAUGGUAAACACGCCACUGUUAACAAAUUGGUUGAAGAUCCAAGAAUCAAAGCAUUGACCUUUGUCGGUGGUGACAAGGCUGGUAAGUACAUUUACGAAAAGGGUUCCGCUUUAGGUAAAAGAGUUCAAGCCAACUUGGGUGCCAAGAACCAUUUGGUUGUUUUACCAGAUGCUCCAAAACAACAAUUUAUCAAUGCAUUGAAUGGUGCUGCUUUUGGUGCUGCAGGUCAAAGGUGUAUGGCUAUCAGUGUCUUGGUUACUGUUGGAAAGACUAAAGAAUGGAUUCAAGAUAUUAUCAAAGAUGCCAGCAAAUUGGUUACUGGUUCCGGUUUUGACCCAUCAUCAGAUUUAGGCCCAUUGGUUAACCCAGAAUCUUUAAAGAGAGCGGAGGAGAUUAUCGAAGAUUCAGUUGCCAACGGUGCUAAAUUAGAAUUGGAUGGUAGAGGAUACAAGCCAAAAGACUCCAAAUUUGCCAAUGGUAACUUCUUAGCCCCUACUAUUUUAACCAAUGUCAAACCAGGUCUUAGGGCUUAUGAUGAAGAAAUCUUUGCUCCAGUUCUUUCCGUUGUUAAUGUCGAUACUAUUGAUGAAGCUAUUGAAUUAAUUAAUGCAAACAAAUAUGGUAAUGGUGUCUCUAUCUUCACUUCAAACGGUGGAUCAGCUCAAUAUUUCACCAAGAGAAUUGACGUUGGACAAGUUGGUGUUAACAUUCCAAUUCCAGUGCCUUUGCCAAUGUUUUCAUUCACUGGUUCAAGAGGAUCAUUCUUGGGUGAUUUGAACUUCUAUGGUAAAGCUGGUGUUACUUUCUUGACUAAACCAAAGACCAUUACUGCUGCUUGGAAAGUAAACACCAUUGAUGAAGAAAUUUUGAAACCAUCCACUUCUAUGCCAAUUCAACAAUAA